AUGGCAAAUAAAAUAUUAGAUCCAAUCUGUAGAUUAUACGAUCCGAUUCGUUAUUCAUUUAACAAGAAAAAAGAGGAUUAUAUUAUCAUCUCACCGACAGUUGGUUCUAAAUUCCAAUUGAAUGAUGGUGGUAGAAUUAGUUUCGAAAUAAAUUCAUUAUCGAAUUGGUUGCUUCUUUCCGAUGCUUAUUUCAGAUGUGAUUUCAAAAUUAAAGAUGGAACUCCCAAUGAAAAUCGUGUACCACAAACAAAUACAACGUUAGAAAACAAUUUCUUUCCAUCUUUAUUUAGCGAGAUGGUUUUGGAAGCUGAUUCAAAUCCAAUACAAACAAUUAAACACCCUGGGGAAUUCGACACAAUGUUGAAAACAGUUUUCUAUCCUAAAGAUUUCGAUUCAGUCUCAGGUUGGAUACCCGAUGUUGGGGAUGGAAGUGUUUUAAAAGAACCGGUAGGAAAUCUUGCAAAUGAUGCUGAUUUAGCUAGAGUGAGAGUUGUUGCUCGAAACACAAUAGAAAGAGUAGCACGAGCAGCUAAUCAUGGUUUCGAAAACCGAGUACUUCAGUAUAAUAAAGUUGUUGAGAAUAAAAGAAAGGUUUCCAUAGGGUUACCAUAUAAAAUUCAUCUACAAAGAGAAAUCAACGAUAAUAAGAUAUUUUUUGGAGAGAUUGGUUCAGAUGCAAAAUUAGAAAUAACGAAUCUCCAACUUUUCAUACCCGUAAUAACGCCAUCAAUUGAAGUCGAAACGAGAAUAUUCAACUCAUUAACUAAAGAUAUUGAAAUAGCUUUUCUUCAUCGUAACACGGUAGGCAGCAUGACUUUAACUGGAGAAUCCACCACGUGGCCAAUCACUAACACUAUUAAACCAGCAAGAUAUAUAUUGGUUGGUUUCAAGAACUUAGCAGAUUCUCAAACGAAUAACAAUAAUGUCUUUAGAGUGGCAAUGAACCAAACUCAAGAUCGUAUAAUCCCUAAAGUUCAACGGCGGAUGCAGCUACUGGAGGAAUAUCUGCCGCAGUCAAAGCUGCCAACGCAAAGAAAGCAGCUGAUGCUAAAGCCGCUGAAGAACGUAGCCAAAGGUUUAGGAGUGGGAGAUAUGAUAGGAACAAUAAAAGAAUUUGGAAAAAGAUUUGGCGAAGAAACCAAGAAAACUGUUAAACAAGGAUUAAAUAAAUUAGUAGAUAGUAUUGACACGGGAGAAGUCAAAGUCAAACAUAAGGAAAUAUUUCCUAAUAACUCAAUGUUCAUGUGUAUAUGCGGUAGUUCCGGUUCUGGGAAAACUCAUCUCACUUUUAACAUGUUGACAACACCAAACCUUUUAGAUUUCGAUUCUUUGUAUAUCUACACAACAACACCAGAGCUAUCGUAUUAUCAAUUCCUCAAAGCUUUAGAAUAUUUACCAAAGAAAGACGUUCAAGACCUAUUUCAAUAUUACGAAGAAAACGAAGAAGAAGUGGAAAUAAAAGAUAUCAUAGAUAACUAA